GACGCGACGAACACAAGGUCAUUCUCUUUGGGUCAUUUUUUGUGACUGAAUGAGAACUAGUGCUAAUUCUUUGGUACCGUAAGCACUCGUUUACUGUACGCUUGUACGGUUCGCGUGUACUGCCGGCAAGUUGAACGCAAGUUUAAAAGUAGUGAGAAUGCAACAAGAGCGAGCUGCGGCUUCUUCGUCACAGCCGAGUAGUAGUCACAAUAUUUAACGGGCGAAGUAAAGCAGCAACCGACGACCACCAUCAACCAUCAACAGUAGCAACCGUAGCAGCAGCACACAGCAGCACACAGCAACACACACUACUACUAAACCAGACACAUCCAAUUGUUGUUGUUGCUGUUACUUCAGGUUCAGGUUGAGAUCAUUGAGUAAAGUCAAGAUCAUAAAGAUGAUGAGCAACCGUUCUGCCGUGGCCGACCGUCUGUUGGAGAAUGACCCUACGUUGGUCAAGUUGGAUUUGUCGUCGUCGUUGCGAAUAACGGACUACGAAGCCUUUCGACAGGCCAUGCUGUCGAACCACACAGUGCAAAAGGUCGUCGUCGACUUCCAAUGGCUCGAAGAGUACUUGCCCCAGACAGAGUACUUGCUGCUACUGGCCACUGUGGGACGCAUGCAAGGCUUGGAAAAACUCAUGAUUUUCGAUCACGGCCGCAACUCCAUUCCCAUGGCGGCCUUGGCAUCGGCCAUGCGUCCCGCGUCGCAUCUCAAGGCACUCGAUGUGGUCCGACUCGAAUUCUCGAGCAAACAAGACGUCACGCUCUUUGCACAAGUCAUGGCCGAACACGAAUCGCUCGAACGAUUCUCGUCGCAUCGAUUGACGCUGGCAUCCGGCGUCACUCUCGAUGAACUCUUUCGGACACUCCGCGCGUUGCCCAAUCUACGAGCCGUAUGUUUGAGUUUUGACUGGGAUCUCAGAACGUCCUACGUACAAGAUGCACAAUCACUCGUCACUCUCUGUCAAUCACAAUCCUUGCAAGAACUCAAACUAUGGAGUCGACAAUUAGAUGAUUCCUGCUGCAUCGCCAUUGCACAAGCCUUGCGUGUCAAUACUACGCUCAAGACACUCGAUCUACAGUGCCAAAUCAUUGGAAAUCAAGGAAUCGAAGAAAUCACCGCCAUGAUGGAACAAAACUACACCAUUGAAUCCGUACGUACCACCGGACGCAGAAUGUCACUCUCCAACAAAAUUGACAUGUACGUCAGACUCAAUAGAGCCGGAAGAGUCAUACUCGUUAAUGCCGAUGCCACAAAAAAGGACUGGGUCAAAGUACUCAUCGAAGGAAGAGAAGAUAUCGAUGCCAUCUUCUACUUUAUCAGAUCCAAUCCGACCAUUCUAGACAUGGAGUGAAAUGAAUGAAAAAUCAAAAACACAAAUACUAGCCAAACGUCAUGUUGCGGACGAGACGCAAUCGGCACUCACAUCGCAAAAACACACACACAACUCACACACAAAAGUCCUUCAUUCAUUAUUUUGUUCUUCCAUAAUGCAUAUCAUCGUAAGAAUCAGUCUUUCUAG